UGGCUUUCAGUUAUGUAAACCCAAAGUUAUUGGCCAGCUAUGGUAGUCCUUUGUGGGGACCAGGAAGUGUCCUGCAACAGUCCAAAUGUUGAAGAUCGAUGGUGGGAGCUCCACCAGUGUAGGAGAUGCAAGCAGUGUUCAGACUGGUUGUAGUGGCAGUCCCUAUGGGUGUGCUGCUUUCAAGAACCAUGGCAUGGAUGUCCACUGGAAAGACACACCCAGAACUUAUCGACCGCCUGAGAGAACAUGGGGUUAUCCGCAGUGAUCGGGUGUUUGACGCCAUGCUUGCCACCGACCGAGGGAUCUACUCCAGAGACUACCCCUAUGCUGACUCCCCUCAGUCCAUAGGAUUCAAGGCAACAAUCAGUGCUCCACACAUGCAUGCACAUGCCCUGGAGAUACUAAGUGACAAGCUAAUGGACGGUGCAUCUGCAUUGGAUGUGGGAUCAGGCAGUGGCUAUCUCACAGCGUGCUUUGCAAGGAUGGUAGGGCCCUCAGGGAAAGUAGUAGGGAUUGAACACAUAGAUGAGCUGGUCCAAACCUCUGUGAGGAACGUCCAGGCUGACGAACCCGAGCUGCUCUCUUCAGGGCGUAUCAGACUUGUCGUCGGAGAUGGACGGUUAGGCUACCCUGAUGGAGCCCCAUAUGAUGCCAUUCAUGUAGGGGCAGCCGCGCCUACGCUCCCUAAAGCUCUAUUGGAUCAGUUGAAGCCUGGUGGAAGGCUGGUUUUGCCUGUUGGUCCUGAUGGGGGAAGCCAGGUCCUAGAACAGUACGAUCGCCAGAGUGACGGCACCUUCAUCAGGAAAGCCCUUAUGGGGGUGAUCUAUGUUCCUUUGACUGACAAGCGACGCCAAUGGCCUGGAGGUGAGCUCUGACUGCUGUGUCGUGUGGCUGCCCCUGCAGGAGGUGGCGCUGGUGCUGCAGCUCUUGUGUUCCCUAGAUCGCCAUCUGUCUGCAGCCUAGCAACACGUCCUAUGUGCUUAUUGACUAAAACUGGGUUGCAGAUGACAGUUGUCCCAGAGGGUUGCCAAGGGCUGUUGGAUUAAUGGUUGCAAUUGGAGUUGCAUUCAGAACAUCAAAUCACAAUGUUUAUGUUCCUCACAGAUGUCUGGCUGAAAGGUUGGCUUAUUUAUUAUAAGGUUUCAUAAAAUAAACGUAUGAUGUAAUUUUACAAAGAUGCAACACUCAUACAAAUUCAGUGAUUGGGCUUCACCAACCAACAUGAAGGUUACAUGUCUUGAUAAAGGGAAGAAAUUCAUUAAAAAUGUUUCUAAUGUCUGACGUGAAUCCAAGUAAACAUAGUGACCUAAAUGACCACAAUUACUGUCUUAGUAACAGAAAAACAACCCUUUUUACAUAGCGAUGGGAAUACAUCCACUUUAUUUAGAAAAAAUAAUUGAAAUGAUUAUGCGCAAAUGCCAUAACCUCUUAAUAAAAACAUUGUAAUGAAAA